UCGAGGCUGACAGAGCGGCUCUGACUUGUGUCUGCACCAUAAACAUGUUGUAAAUAAUAGAGAAUUAUUUUGUGUCCCUGAAAACAGUGUCACAAUGUGGAAACAAAGCGGCGGAUCAAAGAGCACCUUCAGCUCCGCAGUGGGACCUCGCGUUGUUGCCGCCGCGGUCACCUGUCUGCUCGUGACCGGGAUGCUGGUCGUCACCGUCGGACAGCCGAGCAGCGGAGACCCGGUGGAGCCUCCAGCUUCAACGAGCGGAAAAGUUUUCUCGGCGUAUUUCCGGAAACUAACCCGGGAGAGGCGAGCGAUAGCCGACCCACCGCGGAGGAGCGCUCCGCCGGGGCCAGUGGAGCAUCUCUCCCCGGCAGACCUGUUCAUAGCGGUGAAAACCACCGGGAGGUAUCACCGGCAGAGACUGGAGCUGCUGCUGGACACCUGGAUCUCCAGGAACACGCAACAGACGUUCGUGUUCACUGAUGGAGAGGACGAGAAGCUGAGGAAAAGGAUGGGAGCUCACCUGAUCAACACCAACUGCUCAGCGGCCCACAAUCGCCAGGCCCUCUCCUGUAAAAUGUCUCUGGAAUAUGACGCUUUUAUUAACUCUGGAAAGAAGUGGUUCUGUCACGUCGAUGAUGAUAACUACGUGAACGUCGGCUCCCUCCUGAAGCUGCUGUCUCAGUACGGUCACACACAGGAUGUUUAUAUCGGCCGGCCCAGCCUCGAGCGGCCGAUAGAGGCCACGGAGAGGCUCGGAACAGCUGACAUGAAGCAGGUGCGUUUCUGGUUCGCCACAGGAGGAGCUGGGUUCUGUCUGAGCCGAGGCCUCGCUCUCAAGAUGAAACCCUGGGCGAGUGAUGGAGCUUUCAUGGCAACAGCUGAGCACAUUCGCCUCCCAGACGACUGCACCAUUGGUUACAUCGUGGAGGGGCUGCUCGGUGUGAGCCUCAUCCGCUCGGCGUUGUUCCACUCCCACCUGGAGAACCUGGGCCUGGUGUCAGACAUACACAACCAGGUGACUCUCAGCUACGGAACGGUGGAAAACAGCAGAAACACUGUCAACCUGAAAGGAACUUUUUCAAUAAGUGAAGAUCCUACAAGGUUCAGGUCGGUCCAUUGUCUGCUGUACCCAGACACCGCUUGGUGCCCGAGCCCCCGGACACUUUAACGCCAUCCAGACGCAGACAGACUGGUGGAGAAGAAGAAGUUGGUGUCUGCCUUAACUCUGUUUUCUCUGAUAGAGGAGGAUAUCAUUGAAAACAUCCAGGAAUAAAGAGGAGUCCCACUGCUGCCCUCUUCUGGCUCCCCAGUGGUGAAGAAACAUUUGGACAUAAAUGUUUUCUUCUUAUCAAGCACCAGUCUGAGUAGUUUUAUGAGGGACGACAGUUUUUAUUAGUUUGACACCUGAACUCUGAGUGUUAUAUGGUGUCAAAAGGCCAAAAACUGCAACAAGAGAAGAAGAUUUAAGGUCAAAAUUGUUGGAUGGAUGGAAAAUUCUGAGACAACUUUGCUAUAUUUAGGGUAGCACGAGAGAAAAGCCCUGUUGUUACCAAAUCUAAAGGAUUUAUCCUCUUCUUUUUUAUCCCCCAAAUGUAGAGCUGAA